AUGGCGCGAAAUAUUUCGUUAGUAGGUAGUAUUCUUAUUUUUGAUUUAGUACAAGUUGAAGUUUGAAACCAGGGUUCCGACUCUAAGGCCUCAAGUACUAGUACCGCAUAGUACAUGUACUAGGAAAUAGUACUAAACAGCCUACUGCACUGAAAGUUUGAGCAAGGCUUUGUUUAAAGGUACUGUUUAAACAGUACUUUCAAACAAGGCCUUGUUUAAAGACUUGUUUAAACAGUUCAUUUAAACAAGGCCUUGCCUAAAAGUACUGUUUAAUCAGUACAUUUAAACGAGGCCUUGUUUGAAUGUCUAGGCCCUAAUUCAUUUAGACGCUACCUGUCUAGGCAUGAUGCGGAAUUAAACACGGAAAAUAUAGUACACCAGUACAGUACUGAAAAUGAUCUAGAGCUGUACUGUAUUCUUAUAAGGCAUGUUCCACCAAAAAAAAUUUUUUUUUGAAAAUUAGGUAUUCGGGCACGGGGAACAUUUUGGUGAGGUAUGCGAUCCGGAACAGACUUUUAAAGGCGCAUGCCAGGUUAUCACACAUUUUUCAUAAUAAUAUUUUCAAACUAUCAUAACUUUUUUAUUUUUGAAGCUUUGUUGAAAUUUCGACAACCAUUUUGACGGUCUUGAGGUGGGCUACAUUUUUGUGUUGACACCAACUUUCCUACUUUGCUCCUAAGGGGUGUAAAAUGCAUUUUUAUUCGAAUUUUCAUCAAAAAUUGACAUUUUCUAGAGAAAUGCGCUUUUAAAAGUCUGUUCCGGAUCGCAUACCUCACCAAAAUGUUCCCCGUGCCCGAAUACCUAAUUUUCAAAAAAAAAAUUUUUUGGUGGAACAUGCCUUAUAAGAAUACAGUACAGCUCUAGAUCAUUUUCAGUACUGUACUAGUGUACUAUAUUUUCCGUGUUUAAUUCCGCAUCAUGCCUAGACAGGUAGCGUCUAAAUGAAUUAGGGCCUAGACAUUCAAACAAGGCCUCGUUUAAAUGUACUGAUUAAACAGUACUUUUAGGCAAGGCCUUGUUUAAAUGAACUGUUUAAACAAGUCUUUAAACAAGGCCUUGUUUGAAAGUACUGUUUAAACAGUACCUUUAAACAAGGCCUUGCUUAAAUGCCUUAUGUACUAGUGCAUCGCAAUCAAGGUACUAGGUAGUACUGUACUAGGAAUGAAUUGAAAUUCGGAACUCUGUUUGAAACCUAUAAUUAAAUAUUUGAGUAACCAUGGGGAUUAUUCUAAUCAAAUGUUUUGUCGAUUUUAAUUAUACUUUUAGUUUUUCAGAGUGUUUUGAACAUGGCUUCUUCAUCAACUGGUUUUACUUUGAAAGAUGCUGGAUUCUUUGUCAAAAAUGUGCCACUCGAUUUCGAAGAUUGGGAUCUUUUCAGUGCUUUUUCUGUUCAUGGAUUAGUUGGAUAUUGUAGAAUUGGUGGAACUUCGCAAGACAAAGUAUCACAAUUUGGAUUUGUCAAUAUGUUGACUGUUGAAGCCGCUGAUAAAGUUCGCGAAAACUUGAAAAAUGGACAUUUGCAAUGGAAAGGUCAUUCAAUUCAAGUGAACGACGUGAAAAGUGGAAAUUUGCAAACUUCUCCAUCAAGACAUAAUGGAUAUCAAUAUAAUCCAAAUCAACAACAAAAAACAACCAAUUUGUAUGGACCAAUUCAACUUCCAUUCAAAUGGUUGCCAAUUAGAGAACAAGUUACGGUAUGUUGAAAAAUAUGAAGAUUUUUCAAGAAAAAUAAAGUACCUAUUUUCUUGCAGAUUGAAGUUGUCGAUUAUCUUCCAUGUAGUUCAAUUAAUGAGAGUGUUUUUGCUUUGACAGUUCGAAUGAAUGAUGAUAAAGUGUUUGAUGCAUCUUACGAAUCGAUGAAUGAGAAAUUGGCACAAUUUAAUCAAUUGUGCAAAUUCGAAAAAGAAUUGCAAAUUGGUUUCGAUUGUCUUUAUAAAGAAAACCCAAAAGGUGGACAUCGUGCGAGACGAAUUUCGCCAUCAGAAUUGUAUUUGGUCGAUGAAGGAGUUACUGUACCAUAUGAUAAAUUGAAAUGUUUCCAACUUCCAAAACAAUUUGCCAAUCUUCCAAUGAGAGUAAGUUUCGAUUUUUAGGUAUUUUUGAAACAAGCAAACUUUACACACAAAAUUCAGAAAACAUACUACAUUUUUAUUUUUGCUCGAAAAAAAUAAUUGAUUUUUCGAAGAUUUUUUCAUGAAAUUCUUCGAUUUUUAAACUUUACAAUAUUACAACUUGUCUGACAGAACUAUAUUUCGUUUAUUCUCUAGGUUUCAUUGUGCUCUGUGGAUGGAUUGAGAUGGUCGAGAGCUGCAAUCCCAACAUUUUCGAGAAUACGAGAAGUUAUCAAAAAAUGGGGAGAAGUUGAAGGAGAUAAUUUGAAGGCAAUGAAUUUGGGAUUCAAUGGAGCCUUAAACAUGAUCAAUAUUUACAGCGGAAAUUGUAAGUUUUGUCGUUUUCGCUAGUAAGUUUCAAUUAUUCCAUUCGAACAAUAUUUCUCAGCGUGCCUUGCUCAACGACUUACCCGCCCAGGAAUCUGCGAAUUCAUUCCCCGUGCAAUUCUUCCUCAAUUUUUCUAUAAUCGCGAUGAUCUCAUGAGCAUGAAAUUGGAUGAAUAUGUGAGUUUUUCGGUUUUAUAUAAAUAAUCAAAAAUUGAAUGUUUUAGCCACCAAAAAUUGAAAAACUUGAACAAGAAGUUCUCAAGGAUCUCAUCAAGGAUUUUUCGAAUUCAUCGAUUUCCAAUUAA